CCCCCCCCCCUCCAGAUCGAACCACGAUGCUGCAGGCCCGGCCGCUUGGCAAUGGAGCGGGCUCCCUCCCGCUGGCGGCGCUUCUCUUCCACGUCCUCCUCGUCGCCGCCGUGGCGCUCCUGGCGGGCCAGGCCGCGGCGAACCCACUGCCGUCGCCGCAGCAGCCGUCCCUGCAACAGCAGCCCGGCGGCAUCGACAGCACCCCCAUCGACCGCGUCAUGGGCGACGAGCUCAGCCGGCCCACCAUCAACGGGCCCGUCAGCGCCGACAACCAGGUGGUGCCGCAGCCCGGCGGGAACCCGCCCCUGACAAACGUGCCGCCGGCCAAGAUCGACGAGGACACGGGCCAGGUGUCCAUCAACCGCCCGGCGUCCGACGACGGGCCAGCCAAACCCGCACUGCCCAUCCGCGCCACGAUUUUCCGCGGCGUGCCGGGCCCCAAGGCCUGCCGUGGCGGCGCCAUGACGACGCUCGACUUUGGCGUCGGCGGCGGCGGCGGUGCGGCCCUGCUGCACACGCAGGAGGUGUGCUACGACCUGCCGGACACGGCGGGCUGCGGCAACUUCUUGGCCAACAAGGCCGACGGGUGCGAGGCGCGGCUGUUCGCCGAGCGCGGCUGCCGCAUGUUUGUGAACCUGGCCGUUUACCAGCCCGAGGACCGCGCCGUCGGCGGCCGCUGGCGCAGCAUGGCUGUCCGCUGCGGCGUCCCCGAGCCCGACCCGGCCACGCUGGGCGCCCCGCCGCUCGCGGGCAUGUGGUCCAAGAAGACUAGUCCCAAGGGCGGUAAAAGGUCGGUGGCAACAGGUUGGAGGUGAAGGGUGUGUGUGACGGGAUAGACGCUUCUUUUUUUCUACCUUUUUUAAUAAGAUCAAAACAAACCAACAUGCGAGCAUGUAGGUGCAGGUGACAUUGUACCGUUAGUUCAUGCUGUGAACCCGAGUCCGAGCAACCGGAUCGCAAUCGCCUACCCUACCAGUUCCGGUAAUGCCCCAAAAGGCUCGCUCUCCUUGCCCAAACAACAUGAGAGAUCAAUAUUAUGAUCGAUAUUCCGACAAAUGCGGGAGAUGGCCCCG